AUGGUGGAGCCUAUGCAGACAGUUUUCAGCAAGAAGGUGAACUGGGAAGUGCGCUCGCGAGCAGGCGCUCCUGAGGCCAUUGAGCGCUGGGCUGCCAGCAUCCCGUCGCGACGGGUACCCUUUGCUACGCUGGGCCAUCGAGUCACUGGUGAGUUCGAGUUUGCUUCCUCCGCUCCGGCUGAAAAUACGUCGCAUCUUGUCCGAGCUGUCUCAGCUCCGCAGAUCGACCUCUGCCACAUCAUUCGGGAGCGCCGGCAGGCUCACACAAGGCAGCGGGCGCAGCAGGCUCUUCACGUGUAUAAGACCGCCGGCUCAACACGAUCUGAAGGAUCGGUGAGAUUUUCCGGUCAUGUGGCCGAGCUGGCCACCACUUCAAUGCCGCUUUCUGGAGCACUUUGA